AUGCCUGUACUUCCAGUUGCGCGCCAGAAACAACCAUGGAUGACGAACCAGCCGUCUGUUACGUCAAGAGUGAAGCCCCGCACAUAUAUUGCUGCAUCGCCUCAAAGCCCGCGCAUCCCAUCACUUGUCGCGUCCCCGGAGGCCGAGGUUAGCCCAGCCAGUCCCACGAGACAGGGACCAUCCAACGAUGUUGUUGGAGGAGCAUUCGUAGGAGCAGUCCUCGGGUUUAUGCUGCUGCUUCUUUUGAUAAGAUACUAUCGUGUACGUGGUCGCGAUGACGGCUCAGAGCACUUUGGCCCAACCUCUCCACCGAAAAACCCCCAGCCUACUGCUGGAUCGCGACGAUACGAUUUCAAGCCGCCAACCUAUCCAGAGCCUGUAGCAAGGCCGGUUGGACGUUCACGAAGGACCUCGAUAUACCAUCCACAGGUCAUGGGAACGCAGUUUAACGGCGAAUCGGUGCUGGGCGUCCGACGAAACCCAAGACGUCGUCGUCCUUCAGACCAUGGCCCAGCCGAGCCGGUCUCGAUAUCGAGUCUGAAAGGCUGUAAAAGUAACAGUGAAGCACUUCCCCACAAGGGCAACCCGAUGAAGAAAGAAAAACCAACCUACUUCCUCACUCCCCCUCGCCCCUGUACCCCAGGUGGCCCAAUCCGUCUCGGCGCCAUCAUCCCCUCGCCCACUGAGCCCGAUGAACCUCUGUACCUGCCGCCGCUCCCCGCGGAAACAAACACCAGUCAAUACAUUGAACACAACUGGAGCGGUUCCGACAUCAAGUCCUCCUCCACCCACUUCGGUAUAUGGACCUCUUUCCUGCAAGUUGUCCUCGGCCUCAGCGCCGACGUCUCGAUCGCCUCCAGCAAGGCACUCCACCGUACCUGGGCCGUCGACCGAAUGACAACCCAAACCUUUGUGCCGAGCCGCGCGUUCCUGGAGCAAGCAGUGCAAAACGAAGACGUAAAAGCAUACAUUACCGACAACUUCUUGAGAGAACAAAUCUACGUCAUCACGGGCGUUAUGAUUGCUUCGUCGUCGACCAUUUCGAGAACCCGCCUACGUGAACGCGGUAUCUACGUCAAGACCGGCGUCGAUGCAACUGCACUCGGCUUCCCUGUUUCAGGCGGUCCGGAGGUGGGACGCACGUGGGCGGCAUCAACGACAGAAUCGACGCAUCGGCCCGAGGACUUUGUGUUUGCGUAUAGGAUUCGAGAAAUCAAGGUCAGGCGGAAGGAUGGAAGCGUGAAAUCGCAUAGAUUGUAUGACAAGGGCGCGUUGUUUGAUACGCAUGUGGAGAGGAUGGAGGAGGAUAUGGGAGAGGUGGAGUUGGAGGGGUUGGGAGAUGAGAUGGAUGAGGGGGAGGUUGAGGGAGAAGUUAGGCAUGUGAGACAGGAGUUGGAUGGGAGGGAGGAGGAUGUUGUGUGUGUUCUACCUGAGCUGAUUGAUUGAUGGGGUUGUGAGGUGGUGUGUGCGGAGGAAUAAGGGGUGUGGUGGCAGCACUGAGACUGAUUGUAGCCUUUCUCGCUUUUGCUAAGGCCAUGUUGUGUAUUUGUAUAAUACGUAGUAAUUUGGCAGAUUCGUAGUAGGUGAGUUGACCAAGUAGUUUGAAC